AAGAGGAUCAAACUUUUAGUGCAGCAGCAGCUGCGUGUUGUUGUUAUCAGGACUUUAACUGGAGAUGAAGAUGUUGCUGCCACUCCUGCUCCUCGUACUCGUUUCCCAGCAUGCCCUUGCUCCGGUAGUGGAGGUGUAUGAGGGGGAAAAAUCUGUCCUGUUGCCUUGCAAGUACUCAGGUUUUAUACCUGAGGAAAAUCCCACAGUGCUGUGGACUCGCAAUGAUCUCAACCCCAAAUCUGUCCACCUACGACGAGAGGAAACAGAUGAUCUGAAAGGGCAAAACCAGCGUUACAGCGGGCGCACAUCAAUGAGGCCUGAUGCUCUGGACACUUUAGACUUCAGCCUCACGCUGAGAAAACCCCAAAUGACUGAUAGUGGCAACUACACCUGCUCCAUCGGAAAUGAAAGGGCAGAACUGAAACUGACCGACGUACAGCUGCAUGUCAAAGAUCAGCAGGUGGAGGUGAAGGUGGAGGAAGGAUCAGACUCUAUCAUCCUGCCCUGCAAAACAAAACAAAACAUACCCGAGGCCACCAGAGUGGAGUGGACUCGCUCUGACCUCGGUCUCAUGGUGGUCCGUGAGUAUUCAAACCAAAGUGGCCAACUUAUGACUCAGGAUGAAGUUUAUAGGGACCAAACAAAGAUGAAUGAAGACCUGCUGAGAACUGGAGACCUCAGUCUGACCCUGAAAAACCCCACAGAGAGAGACAGUGGAGGAUACAUCUGCACCAUCUACAGGGAAAAAGACAUCCUGAGACAGAAAGUAGUGCUGCAGGUCAAAGAACCAUUUCCAUCCUGGGCCAAAGCUCUCCUGGUUCUCCUGGUUCUUCUUCUAGUAGUAUCUGUGGGUCUUAUAUUUCAUUUCCGGCACUAUUUCAUGUCAGUGAUUCCAGUGAAGGUGGAGGUGGAGGAUAGGGAAACAUCUGUCACGCUGCCCUUCAAAACCACAAAAAUCCUGUUGGACGGAAUUCAAGUGAUAUGGGAACGUUACGAGCCGUUCCAGAAGGCUCACGUGUUUACGAACGGCCAAAACCAAUAUGAAGAACAGCACAAGGUUUACGAAGGCCGAACUGUGAUGAAUGACAAACCGCUGGAAACUGGAGACCUCAGUCUGACCCUGAAAUACCCCACAGAUGCUGACAGUGGAGAGUACAAGUGUUUGGUCUGGAGGAAGGGAACCUUCAUCAGAAAGAAAACUGUGCUGCUCAAAGUCAAAGUCUGUCAGGUGCAGUUUAAGGUGGGGGCGGAGUCUCUCCAGCUGCCCUUCAUAACCACAGAAAACCUGCCUGAAGAUACUAAAGUGGAGUGGAAACACAAAGAGCCUGAACCAUCACUGAAUGUCAACGUGUAUAAGAACGGCUCUGACCAGCAUGAAGAACAGCACGAGGUUUACGAAGGCCGAACUGUGAUGAAUAAAGAACCGCUGGAAACUGGAGACCUCAGUCUGACCCUGAAACAGCCCACAGUUGAUGACAGUGGAGAGUACAAGUGUUUGGUCUGGAGGAAGGGAAACUUAAUCAGAAAGAAAACUGUGCUGCUCAGAGUCAAAGUCUCUCAGGUGCAGUUCUUGAUGCGGGCGGAGUCUGUCCAGCUGCCCUUCAUAACCACACAAAACCUGCCUAAAGAUGCUGAGGUGAGGUGGAUACGUGAAGAAUCAGGUCCAUCAGUGAUGGUCCACGUGUAUAAGAAACCCUCAGACCAGCCUAAAGAAGAGGACCAGGUUUACAAAGACCAAACAGAGAUGAAAGAAGACCCUCUGAAAACUGGAGAGACAGUGGGAGGAAGGGAAACUUCAUCAGACAAAAAUGGGAGAGUUCAGGUCCAGGAUCAAACGGGACAUCAGGAACAGAAGCAGCUCCAUUGAUCCAACUCCUCUGAUGGCUGAUCAAUCAGUUUGAUCUGUGUGUGACCAGUGCUGUGAGUCAAACAGCAUGAUCACAGGACCAUAGUAAUGCUUUUUGUUCUCAUUUAAUUUGCCUUUUUUUUAAAUUGUAAAUUUGGUUUUAAUGUAAAAUAUUAUAAUAAUUAUUAUUCUAUGAGUUCAACCUCUGUCACUCUGACCUUUGAACUUUUUCUGCAUUUUGUGGUUUGGCUGUUUCAGCGUUGUAACACAGAAACGCAGAUUCUAUUUUAAGUCCAGUUUCCUGUUGUUGGUGUUCAGAUGUGAUGCAGCCUCCUCCACCCAUCCUGUUUCCUUAUCAGGACCCCCCUCCCCCCCUUCACUUUAGUGCUCCAGUCAAAACUGAUCGGUCGGCUCUUAAAUUAGCAUAACAAACAUUUUUCACCACCAAAUACAGUUCAGUGGGUCGUCAGUAGGUCGUUCAGGCAAUGGGGGGGCAUUUCCUAUGGUUUGACCGGGAACACCACAGAUGUAAAACGUUGAUUAAAACACUCAAAAUUCAGUGAAAUAGGUGCUCAUCACUUUUAUGUUCAAGUGCAUAGUGGGGAGGAUGUCAUAAGACCUCGAGCCAAUCGGAUGGAAAACACAAUAUUUAUGAGUGUUUUAAGUUGUAAAUUGGAUUCGACCUGAACAUGACAGGAAGGUUACUCAUCUUUCUUCUCUGGACUGUUGGAUAGAGCCGCGUGACCUGCACAGAGACUACACAUGGAAAUGAGCAGCAGAGCUCAAAUCUGUCAGCUUUCCAUCUGCUUUUUUAGAUUGGUUAUUAUCUGUUAACACCAGUGUUGGUCAAGUUACUUGAAAAAAGUAAUCAGUAACUAAUUACUGAUUACUUCCCCCAAAAAGUA